CGCACAGUUCUUAGGAUUCUUGGUAGAGCCUCGGGAAGCGCGGUGGGUCUGGGUCUCUGCUUUCAAGACACCAGGAUCUGUCUUUGCAUGAAAAGAUCAUGGCUACAGCCCCACCAGGUGACCCUGCAGAGCCAGCAGCUCCCAAAAAUAAAAGGCAACUAGACCGUCCACAGACUGAGGAAGAACUAGCGUUUUAUGCUCGGAAUCACUUUAUCAUGACGAUCUUUGCAGUGAUUCUUUUCCCACCCUUUGGAUUGGCAGCCCUCUACUUCAGCCGCCAGACCGACGAGGCCAAUAAGUGCAGCGACUGGGAAGGCGCGUAUACCAACUCAACUCGAACUAUAUGGAUGGUUGUAUUCGCCAUUCUCAUGGGUUUAGCCCUCAUCUACACAUAUGUCCUACUUAUAUGACGGCUAGACCCAGCAUCCACGGGCUGCACUCCCCAACAGACACGCCCACUUAGACACAGACCAGCCACCAAGAAGAAUCUUCAAGGAUGUCUGAAGCUAUCCUUUAGCCAGGAAACCCACGAACCAAAAAAAUUCAACACCCAAGCAACCCUCCAGCCCAAGAAGCCCCGAGGCCACCUACCAGCAUACCAACUCACUGUUAUUUGGCCUCCACAGCUGUCUCCACCCAUCUUGAAGGCCCACACUCAAGUCCUAAAUCUGCGUAAGCCCCUGAGCUGCUCUUUCCUGAAAAGAAAAAAAAAUCAUAUUUCUUAGCCCAAUAAAACUAAAGGGAAUAUUCUGGCUUAGAA